ACAAUUUUAGACCCAAAAACAACGUCUGAUUCACUCACAUACCUCUCUUUGCUGACUACCCUUUUCAAUCCGACGCGGAUUGUUGUAUCGAGAACUUGGCCUUCCCGCCGCCCGCACCUUCCUUCCUUUCUCUCUCCUCUUUUCUCUCUCUAAAAACUUUCCAAGAAAGCCAAAGAAAAUCUCACCAAUAAACAGAGAGAGAAGACAAAGGCCCUCAAGGGUCUCUGUUUUGUGUUCUGUAAUGGCGAAAUCGAAGAAACAAGCUUACAUAUCAGUCCCAUCUCAGAUAAUCAGCACUCUCUCAUCUUCUUCUCUACAAUCUCUUCUUCUUUCUCCAAAGAAAUCAUCAAAGAACAAGACCAUGUCAUGGAAGAACCCAAGGUUCUGGUUUCUUUCUCUCUUUCUCUGCGCUUUUCUUGGAAUGUUGAAGAUGUGGUUCAAUCUCGACCCAUUAGUCCCAUUCUCUCCCAACCCAUGUUGGAUUCUUCAUCAAGAACCAUCAUUUAGAGAUGGGUUUUCGAUUUCACAGCUUCAUAACAAUGUUGGAGAUGUGGAGAAAAGAGAUGAAGAACAAGAACAAGGACAAGAACAAGAACAAGAACAAGAACAGAGUGAGUUUUGGAAACAACCUGAUGGGUUGGGAUAUAAGCCUUGUUUGGAUUUCACUAGAGAGUACAAGAAAUGGAGUGGAGAGAUUGUGAAGGACAGGAAAAAUUAUCUGAUGGUGGUGGUCUCAGGUGGGAUGAAUCAGCAAAGAAAUCAGAUUGUUGAUGCUGUGGUGAUUGCAAGAAUUCUUGGGGCAGCUCUGGUUGUUCCCGUCUUGCAAGUCAACGUUAUUUGGGGCGAUGAAAGUGAAUUUUCUGAUAUUUUUGAUUUGGAACACUUUAAAAAGGUUCUAGCCAAUGACGUGAGAAUAGUUUCAUCGCUGCCAUCGACACAUUUGAUGUCGAGGCCGGUGGAGGAUAGACAGAUGCCGGUUAAUGUCAACCCUCAAUGGAUCCGUGCGCAUUACCACAGACGACUUAGGAGGGAUGGUGUUCUGCUCAUUCGUGGUUUCGAUUCAAAGCUUUCUAAAGAUCUCCCUUCCGAUCUUCAGAAGCUCCGUUGCAAGGUGGCAUUUCAAGCACUGAAGUUCGCUCCACCGAUCCUAGAACUUGGUAAUAUGCUCACAGAGAGGAUGAGGAGUAAGGGACCUUAUCUUGCUCUUCAUCUCCGAUUAGAGAAGGAUGUAUGGGUGAGGACAGGUUGUCUUCCUGGUUUGAGUCACGAGUAUGACGAAAUGAUAAGCAAUGAGAGAAAACUACGGCCAGAGCUCUUAACUUCAAAAUCAAAGAUGACUUAUCAUGAAAGAAAGCUUGCAGGCCUCUGUCCCCUAAAUGCAUUAGAUGUUACACGGCUCCUUAAAGCUUUAGGAGCUCCAAAGAAUGCAAGAAUAUAUUGGGCUGGUGGGAAUCCAUUGGGAGGGAAAGAAGCAUUGCUACCGCUAAUUAGAGAAUUUCCUAAUUUGUACAACAAGGAAGACAUUGUCUUGCCUGGGGAGCUUGAGCCAUUCGCAAGCAAGGCUUCUGUUUUGGCCGCUAUUGAUUAUAUAGUAGCUGAUAAUAGUGAUGUGUUCAUGCCAUCACACGGUGGAAAUAUGGGUCAUGCAAUUCAGGGACAUAGGGCAUUUGCGGGGCACAAGAAGUAUAUUACGCCAAACAAACGACAGAUGCUUCCCUACUUCCUAAAUGCUUCUCUCCCUGAAGCAGAGUUCAAUAGGAUUAUAAUGGAUUUGCACCAAGAUUCCUUAGGGCAGCCAGAUCUCAGGACUAGCAAAGCCGGAAGGGAUGUUACCAAGUUUCCUGCUCCUGGAUGUAUGUGCAAUGAUUCAAAUUCACAUUCCUCAUGAUUCGACAACUCCAAUAUUCCCAUGUAUUGAGGUCUUCAUCAGAAUGAAUGCUCCAAGACGCGGAGCGUGAUGAAAACUAGAAGUGUCUAUAGGUCAGAACAUGGUCUUGAAGUGCAACCAUUGCAGGAGGCGGCAAAGAAGUCAGCUUUGGAGAUGAGCAAUCACUACAAUUCACUUAUGUUGCCACGGUCCAAUAUACUUUUCCACUUGCUUAUGUACAAAUACACGGUGAAUAAUUUUUUUUAGGGUUAUAAUACCACAAUUGAUGGCAUAGCUUCAUUUUUUGAUUCCUGAAAGAGUAAAAGGGAGGGUUGCCUGGGGAGGGGGGAUGGGGAUUUUUCAGAUUUGAAAGAAAAACAAAAAUUUUUUUUGUUCAUUCUUUGUAAUGUAUCAAUGUAUGACUUGAUCAAUAAAUGUACAUAUAUAGAGGUGUAUUUCCACUGAGAUUGUAUUAUA